GUGUACAGUGUACAAUGCACUCUAAAAGGAAGGAAAUAACACACUGUGUAUCACAAUAACACUUAGGUUAUCAGAUAGAUUAUAGAACAUACAAAGCCACGUACAUAAUGACAACGAAUGUUUUGAGUCGCUAUAGUCAACUAUUUGUGAUUCUAGGAGUCGUGUGUAGCCGCUGUAGAGGAGAGAUUGGACAGUCCGGCAGUUGUGGUCAAGGAUGGAUACAAUAUAAAGACGACUGUUAUCUCCUAGUUCAAAGUAACGUCACGUGGACAGAGGCGAGGUCAAAAUGUCUUCAUGAAUCAUCAGAACUGACCAGCAUUCACUCCCUUGAAGAAAACACGUUUCUCUCCUCCAGACUUCCAAACAACUCUAAAUUCUGGAUUGGACUUGAAAGUUUGAAGCUAAGGAAAGACAACCACUGGACAGAUAAAUCUUCUCUAAACUUUUUGGGUUUCAACGUUUGGUCCGAAGAUGUAUUGAAAUUCUCACCAGGCUUUUGUGUUUAUAUAGAGCAAAAGAGUGGCUACUGGAAGACAUCAGAUUGUCAGUUUAUAUCAAUCAAUGGAUACAUUUGUAAGAGAUCUGCAUACAGUGGACCAGUUCAUACACAGUCCCAGGCUCAAGAGAAAGGAAGUCCCAGAACUUGCUAUACAUUAUACACAGAGCGUAGACCAUGGGAAGAGGCUCAGAGAUUGUGUAGAGAACAGAAUCAGAACUUGGUGACUAUCACAGACAGACGGACACUACUGUAUCUGAAGUCAAUCGUAGAAACCAAUUCAAUCUCAAUAUGGACUGGAUUAUCAUUAAAUAAUGGUAGCUUUAAAUGGGACAGCGGAGAAAUGCAAGAUCCAUAUCCAUGGAUAUCAACAGGUAAAGCAGCAGUCUCUGGAUGUGUGGCCUUGAAGUCGUUUGUGUGGAAGGCAAAUAAUUGUAACAAUUCAUUACCGUUUCUGUGUGAGAACAGGCAGGACACUGCUAUGAACAAGCAGGACACUGCUAUGAACUGGCUGGAUACUUCUAUGAACAGGCAGAACACUGCUACAAACAGGCUGGACACGUCUUUAAACAGGCAGGACACUUCCAUGAAUUGGCAGGACACUUCCAUGAAUUGGCCGGACACUUCUAUUGAUGAUACAAUGUCAAGAAUGAGUCUUGCUACCCUGACACGCUCUGUUGUAAGCCCACGCUUAGUUCCAGGUCUGCAUUCUCAAACGAUCAGCAGACCGAAGCAGAUCCUGGAUGAGACAGACACCGAUAAGUUUGUUGUCCGAAAAUCUCGACCCAAAUCUUUAGUGAUCCGUGAAGCUGCGAAUGAUGUACAGUGUCCUUCUGGGUGGAUUCCAAAUAUGGAUAAAUGCUACAAGGUCAUAUUAAAAGGAGAAGAUUGGCACGGAGCCAGGAAAUAUUGCGAGAGUCUUGGUGCCAACUUACCCAGCAUUCAUAGCCGUUUAGAGAAUGAUUUUCUCAAUAGAAUUGCUAUUGAAUAUGGCGUGUAUGAAAUUUGGAUUGGCCUGCAUGAUUCAUCACAGGAAACAGUGUUUGAAUGGACUGACGGGACAUCGUAUAACUUCCAGCGUUGGUUAGCAGGGGAACCAAAUAACUACAGAGCAUCUGAAGAUUGUGUGGAGCUGUACUAUGGAAGUUGGAAUGACGAUAAUUGCAAUUAUGUCAGGCCAUACGUUUGUAUCAAGAAAUUAGUUCCUAUAACAGCUGUUACAAAUUCGUCAGCUGGACCAGAUACAACUCCUGGAGUUACUACGUUGUCAUCUAUAACAACUAAGAUGCAUGUAGUAUCUAAGUCGUCUAUACCAGCUACAACUUCUGAAGUUUCAAAGUCCACUAUAACAUCUACAACGACCAGAGUUACGAAGCCAUUAUCUUUACCUACUACAGCUUCAGAAGUUUCUAAGUCAUCUUUACCAGCUACAACGUCUGAAGUUUCUAUGUCAUCUUUACCAGCUUUAACUUCUGAAGUAUCUAUGUCAUCUUUACCAGCUACAACUUCUGAAAUUUCUAUGUCAUCUUUACCAGAUACAACGUCUGAAAUUUCUAUGUCAUCUUUACCAGAUACAACGUCUGAAGUUUCUAAGUCAUCUUUACCAGAUACAACGUCUGAAGUUUCUAAGUCAUCUUUACCAGAUACAACUUCUGAAGUUUCUAUGUCAUCUUUACCAGCUACAACUUCUAAAAUUUCUAAGUCAUCUUUACCAGCUACAACUUCUGAAGUUUCUAUGUCAUCUUUACCAGAUACAACGUCUGAAGUUUCUAAGUCAUCUUUACCAGAUACAACUUCUAAAGUUUCUAAGUCAUCUUUACCAGCUACAACUUCUAAAGUUUCUAAGUCAUCUUUACCAGCUACAACUAUUGAAGUUUCUAAGUCAUCUUUACCAGCUACAACUUCUAAAGUUUCUAAGUCAUCUUUACCAGCUACAACUUCGGAAGUUUCUAAGUCAUCUUUACCAACUACAACUUCUAAAUCAGCUAUACUGACAAAAGCAUCUGGGGUUUCUAAAUCAUCUUUACCAACUACAACUUCUAAAGCUUCUAAGUCAGCUAUACUGACAAAAGCAUCUGGGGUUUCUAAGUCAUCAUCUAUACCGACAACAGCCUUGAGAAUUCCUAAGUCAACAUCUAUACCAACUAAAUCGUCUGGCGCUUUUAAAUCUUCAUCUAGUCCUGCUGAAUGUCCAAAAAAGUUUCAGAAAUUCCAUACCUCCUGUUAUUUGGUGGUCAGUCAGUUAGAGACCUGGGAUGAAGCCAGAAGCUCGUGCCAGGCACGUGGAGCUGAUCUCGCGAAAACGGAACAUAUUCUUCAGCUUUCAAAAAUAACUUUACUUCUAGCAGACUACGGCGUAAAGAAACCAGCGUGGAUUGGGAUCAAACAGACGGAUGCUUCUCGCAUUGAGUGGACUGAUCGUACGCCAGUGCGCAGAUUCUUCUGGGCUAAUAAUAAGACCCCUAACGACAGUGCCAAUCAUUCGACACCUUUCUGUGUCUCUUUAUCUGACAGUAAAUGGAGACGCACUGAUUGUAGAGAGAAGAGAGCUUACAUCUGUCAAAGUAAAUUAGUUAGACCUACAGCCACAGUUCCCUUACAUAACAAUCAAAUUCUGUGUAAAGAUGGCAAAUCAGUUCAACACGGAGAUUACUGUUACCUCAAGACAAAGCAUCAAGUCUCCUGGCCUGAAGCGGAUCACGUGUGUAAACAUCGCGGCAUGCAGCUUGUCAGUAUCCAUUCAAAUAGCCAAACAAACUUCCUUGUAAACUUUACUCAGCACACAUCUAAAACAUUGUAUUAUUGGAUUGGAUUAGUUAGCUAUAAAAACGGAUCGUUCCACUGGAGUGACGGGUCAUCUAUAACCUACGUUAACUGGGCUGAAGAUCCCCGAGAAGACCCAGAGGAGAAGUGUGCUGUACUGGACAGCAACAAGGCACUCUGGUAUCCAACAAAUUGUCGGACAGAGUCCCACGGCUAUAUCUGCUCGUCUCACUCAAGAGAUGUCAAAAUAUUACCCAGUAGUGAGCCUGUUAGGCCUUACAUCCGUGAUGGUGUCAGAGCGGCCAUUGUGAUGGCUGCUUUGUCUGUUUGUGGUCUCCUCGUCUUCGCUGUAGUGUUUUUACUAAGACGACAAAGAAGGAGACAACCCAGUGAUGAAGAACUUCUCGACAGCACCGCCUUUGAGGACGCCCUCUACGUUAGCAGCAGUACGGACGACGAACAAACCACAUUUAUUGCCAAUGUCUGACCAGAUUGCCAGAUUGUAUUCACUACCAUCGUUGUCGAAUUUAAGGGCUUCCAACUAAAAAUGAUGCAUUUAAAGCUAUGGCCAUAGAUUAUAUUAAGUAACAAGGUUCCGAUUAUAUUGUAGUAGCUAAAUAAGUAUGGCAACUCUCUUCUUGUAUUUAUUAUAACUAAAUGGUAACCCACACUGAGUAAAUAGUUUUGCUUAGAUCUAUGUCUACAUUAAUUAGUACCUGAACUAGUUCUUACGUUUUUCUUUAGGUUCCAUUACAUCAUUACAUUUCUCUAGAUUGCUUUUUUUUCUUUUUGUUUUGAUCCAAUUCUGUGAUUUAUUGUUUGAAUAAAUAUCAUUUCAAUGUUUACAGAAUAUUGAUAAAUUUAAAAUUAGAAAGGUAAUACUUGCGAUUUAUUUUAUUAAUAAACCCUUAACUUUCCGGGUGUAACUUAAAAGAUUCACCAGGCGAUUUACGGAAUUAAUAUAAUAAAACUUCAUCACAUGAUCAAUAUUAGAUAAAUUUAUUCUUUAAAACAAACUAAAUAUAAAAAAAUUCCUUAAAAAAAACAACAACCAACAGCUUAUCUAAAGGAGAAAAAAACCGUCCUUAAAACUAUAUCUACCAUUGAAUACCAAUAAUUUAAAAUCUAUUUUUCUUUUAUUCGAUACAAACAAAACAAUUAAAUACCAAUAAUUAAUUGACUAAUUGAGUAUUUUUGUUUAUUGAUUCAUGUUUUGUUAGGUACAAUAAAUAAUUGUUUAAAGUAUCACUUUGAUCGGAGAAUGCGUGAGCCAGAAAAAUAGCGUUAACAAUUAUUUAAGGGGACUAAACCCAACUAAUUUAGUCAUAUAUGUGGAUACUGAAGUAUUAGUUUCUCUUGUUGCUAUUAAACAAAAUAAUGAAAUACCA